GACUCUCUAGUAAUUCUAGACUACCUGGCAGGUGAAAUAUCUUAUUGCGUGGUCAGUGGACGUCGAAGGGGAAGUAUAUCUCGGAUAGGUAAUUCCAUGGAUCUUUUCUACAUUUGAUGUAGUUAUUGAUCCAGUUAUGGAGAAAACAAGUUCGAAAACAUGUGUAGGACUCGGAACCUGUGGUCCAGUAGCUGGGAAAGACCCUUUGUCCCUGCUAACCCUGGUGGACAUGGCCUUGGCAUUGGAAACACAGAAGCCCUCGGAGAAAGAUCACACGUACGCAGUCGCCAAAAAGAACACGAAGACUAAAAAGUUUCCAAAUACAGACAAUGAAAUGCUACUUCAGAAGGAGAAAGACCAUAAUUAUUCGUUUAGCAGUAAGUCUGUAGCAUUACGUCACAGUCAUUUACAGAAACCCAAACCCCCAAAGAUGGACCAGCAAACCAGAAGUUCUUCUGAGGAAAAUCUGUCCAAUUUUACCUUUCCAAUCAUCUCUGGAUCUUCCGGAGCUCCACGUCGGACAGCUGUAGACGACACCAGCCUUAAUACGUCACACAAGUGUUAUACUUUUGGGAAAAGUAGGACACCAUUCCACACCAAUAAUGACCAUACUUACCCUGUAAUUGACAGCAAACAACACUUUAGUAAAGUUCCUAUGUCAGAUGUUGUGGAAAUUCAAGGUGUGAAGGGAGAACCCAUGGCCAUGGAUGAUUCAUAUCUUGGAAGUCAUUCUUGGCCAAAGGAAAAUAUGUUUCCUCCAUUUCGGAGCCGAGACGGGAAUCUUUCGCAUACCCUGCCUCUGAAUUAUAAGUAUGAUCACACAUAUGCACAAGGGAAAAACAGUGACGAUGAAAAGAUGAGUGUCUGUGAUGAUUCAGAAUGUCCAAACCCAGUCAUAGAGAAACCAGUUGCAUUAAAAACGGAUCACAACUACAAUAAAGGUCCAUGUGAUAUAACCAAGAAUUUAUCAGGAUUGGUUAGUCACAUUCGGGCCCCUAAAUUAAUGCUGAAAAACAAUCGCAUUGAUCACAAUUAUAGUGGCUUUACAGGUACAUCUAACUCUGCACCGACCCAAUCCCAGGGAUCUGUGGAGAGUUUAGAUAUGGAUUUUUCACAAUCUGACACUGACUCUUGUGAGGAGACUGAGGAGGAGGAACGUCGGCUUGCAAUUACCUCAACUAUUUCAGCAUGGCUUCAGCUGAGGAAGGAUCAUCCUUACUCAUCUAUUUGAUCAAAUGUUGAUUCAUGAAUUUGGUGUUAUGGAGAAAAGAAUGGUGAAGUAGCUAGAGUGUUUGUGAUACAACUGAAAGCAGGUGUAAACAUGAAUCUGGGAGUCAUUGUCAGGUGGUGGAUGAAAAGUCAAGAACAUAUUUUAUAAAUACAAUAAUGUAAUUAUUGUUGAAAUUGAAAUGUGGGGAAUGUGAAGUGGAAAUGUGUAUGUAGCUGUAUGAAUUAUAUAUGAAUGUGGUAUAUAUUUGUAGACAAAGUAAUUUACCAGAAUCCCUUAGUUCCUGAGCUGAACACUUUUUUGAAGAAAAAGCUUUCAAAUUGCAGUUUUAUUUUUUUUUUAAUUUUGCAAUUAAUAUUGUUAUACUUCUGAUAAUAAUUAAAAGCCAUAAAUGUUCUUGCUGAAGAUGUUUUAUUUAAACUCUGAUGUAAUUCAUCUGCCAUGCAUGUUCAUUUUGUAUAGAGACAUAGUGAGACAUACUCAGUUUUAUCCCCAAAAUAAAAUACCAGGUACAUGGUGUACUGAUUCAGAGUGCACAAUUUCAUAAAUUCCCAAUCCACUUGUAAGCUUUGAAUACUAAACAGAUCUUUUUUAUUCAAUACACUGUAUUUAAUAUUUUCACUUACCAAGAAACACUAGUACUGCAGGCAGUAAGCAUCCGGUAAUGUAAUGAAAUUGUAUGGCAAUUUACUUGAAAAUUUAAAUUACUAACAGGAAGGCUAGACAUUGAGAAAAAUCUCAAAUUUCUCAAUUUUUAAGUAUAAUAAAAAGAAACAUAACAAUCACUGAUGACCUGGCAUGGCCUGAUCCAGUAGCGAGGGAAGACUAUUUCAUCUUGAAGAAUGAGUACAAUUACUUGUUUCAAAGUAAAUUUACAUGUUUUUUGCAUUUUAUUUUUUGAAUAAACACAAAUGUGAAAAUUAUUUGGCUGAUCUUCAAGAAGAUAAAUUUGCACAUGUAGGUCUAUUUGAAGAAAAACUUCCAACAUCAACAAGCUUUUUUUUUAAUUCCUGACCUUGACCUACUUUAACGAUCAUAGGUGUCAAAUAUGAUUAAAACAUUUAAACAUUUUCUUCUAGUAUAGGUAUCAAGGAGACCUAUACGGUUAUGAUAUUUGAUCAGUAACAUAAUGGUAUGAAAGGCUACCAUGUUUGUGAAAUUCAUUUACCUUUUUAUUGAAGGUCAGGAGAGUCAAAUACAUAAAUUUGAAAACUUCGAACCUGUUUUUCUGAACAUAUGGUAUAUAUACAAGAGGCUUAGGGUGAUGACAUUCAGCCAGUAACAUGCUGAGAUGAGGGCUAACAAGUUUGUGCAAAUGAGGGCCUUGGUCCAUUUUCAAGGGAAAUCUGUUCAUAAAACAAUUUUGAAUGUGAAGGGUUUUAAGAUUCCUUAAAUCUAAAACUUGAAUUUUGUCAUAAAUAGGGAACUAAGUUGUGUUUUAUACAAACUUGUACCACAAUGUAUGUGCAGGGACAUAAUAAAUAUGUCUUCUAUACAUCCCAGGUUUGUGAGAGGUAAAUGUUAGGGGAGACAACUUGGUUACUGUAUUGGACAUCACAGGUUGAACUGUCCAAGUUUGUGUAAGAGUUGUGUAUGUACUAUGUAUUGAAUAUUCCUUACAUUUUAAGAUUUUUUUUCACCUUCAAAUCUGAGCAGAAGAAAAUUAUUUACAAUGUAUUAACAUUUAUUUUCAAUAAAUAUCAGACAUAUUA